AUGAAUUAUUUAAGAGGCAAUCAAAAACAGUUAAGAGCUGAUACAUAUGAAAGUCUUUUAGAACAUUUAGAAAAAACUGUAGAUAAUACAAGUCGCCGUGUAGGAAAAGUUGUUGUCCUUCCUUCAACUUAUCAGGGAUCACCUCGAAAUAUGCAACAGAAUUAUCAGGAUGCAAUGACAAUAGUAAGACAAUUUGGUAAACCUGAUACAUUUACUACAAUGACUUGCAAUCCAAAGUGGAGAGAAAUUACUGAAAAUCUUUUAGAUGGGCAAACUGCUUCUGACAGACCGGAUUUUGUGGCUCGCGUUUUUGAACUAAAAAAGGAAGAGUUCAUUAAUAUAAUAGUUAAAGAGAAAUUAUUUGGUGAAGUGCAAGCUUAUGUUUAUGUCGUUGAAUAUCAAAAACGAGGAUUACCACAUAUUCAUUUGUUAAUUAAAAAACCAAAUUCUAAGAUUACAACACCUGAAAUUGUAGAUAAAAUAAUUUCAGCCGAAAUUCCUGACCCUGCAGAAAAUCCACGGUUACAUGAAAUCGUCGUUGCUAAUAUGAUUCAUGGUCCUUGUGGAGAUUGGUGUUUAGAUAAGGAUGGCAAAUGCUCUAAAAAUUAUCCAAAACAAUUCAACGAUCAAACGAAUAAGGUCGAAGACGGUUAUCCAAAUUACAGACGUCGAAAUACUGUAACUUACACCCGUCGUGAUGGUUUUCAAUUUGAUAACCGACAUGUUGUUCCCCAUAAUAAGGAACUUUUAUUGCGAUUGAAUUGCUAUAUUAACGUUGAAGUUGUUACUAGCAUUAAGGCAGUGAAAUACCUUUAUAAAUACAUUUAUAAAGGACACGACGCUGCUGCUGUCGUGAUUCAAGAAGCACAAAGCAAUGAAAAUCAAGAAGUAAAUGUUCUUGAACAUGAUGAAAUAAAACAUUAUGUUGAAAGUCGCUACGUUAGUCCGCCCGAAGUAUGUGGUCGUAUAUUGAGCAACAAUUUGCAAGGUAAAAGUCAUACAAUUUAUCGACUUCCUGUUCAUUUGCAGAAUCAACAAACGGUUAUAGUAGAUAAUGUAGAUGAUCCGAAUACAGUCAGAUCUGCUUUGAAUCGAUCAACAGAACUUACUGAAUAUUUUGCUUUAAAUAAUCGAGAUCCACAUGCUAAAAAUUACACAUACUCUGAAAUUCCGUUGCAUUAUGUAUUUCAAAAAAAGGGUUCAUCUAAUGCUAACACCUGGCAAAAACGCAAAAAACAUUUUAACACCUUGGGUCGUAUGUAUUCCGUGAGUCCAUCACAACCUGAAUUAUAUCAUUUGAGAUUAUUAUUAAUAACAGUGAAAGGAGCUACAAGUUAUGAACAUUUAAGAACAGUUGAUGGUGUAGUACAUGAUAGCUUUGUUUUUACAUGCUUAAAAUUGGGUUUAAUUGAAGAUGAUGAUGAGUGGGAAAAUGCCAUGCAUGAAGCAGAAGUUUGGAUGAUGCCCAGACAAUUAAGACAGUUAUUUGUAAGAAUUUUGGUCCACUGUCAACCUGUACAUCCAGAAGAAUUAUGGGAAAAGUUUAAAGAUGCUUUAUCCGAAGACUACUCAAGGACAAUGUCUGCAGACCUAGCACAAAAGAAAGUGUACAUUCAUAUCAAUACAUUACUUACUGCUGAAAAUUCAAGUCUUACAUCUUUUCCAUCAAUGCCACAAGUAACAGAAACGGAAGAUGACAUUGAAAAUGAAAUAUUGCUAGAACAACAUCAAACAAUUGGUAGUGCACAAUACCGAAAGCUUAAUGAAAAGCAAAAAGAAAUUGUCGAUGUAGUUUUAAAAACAGUUCAUGAAGAGCAAUCAGUUGCUAAUAACAAAUCUCGAUGCUUUUUCAUUGAUGGCCCUGGUGGUUCAGGAAAAACGUUUGUUUACACAACUUUGUAUCACUUAUUACAAAGUGAAAAGAAAAAAGUUUGUACUAUGGCUUUUACUGGCAUUGCAGCUACCUUAUUACCUCAUGUUGGAAAUGGAACAGCAAAUCACGAUGAAAAUGAUUUAAAAUUACCAGAAGAAUGUAUAGCUCCUCCAGGUACAGAUAUUGCAGAAGAUACUUAUGGAAACGUAAUUAGAAACAAAGAAUUUGACAAAUUAACAAAAAUGGCAAUAUUAUCUGCUCGAAAUGUUGAUGUAGAUGAUAUCAAUAGAUCAGUUGUUGAAUUAUUGAAUGUCGCAACAGAAAAAAUUUAUACCAGUAUUAAUACGAGAUGA